AUGGACCACCAGAGCCACUCUUCCACGCAGGAACAGGCACCAAGCUUCAUUUUUGGUGAUCUUUCAGCAUCAACUUUCCAAUGGAAUGACACAAACGAAGGAUGCUUUAGCAACUGCAAUCUUUGGGGAGGAAUCAUAACUAAUAAUAAGUCGAUCACGAAUGAAGAUGCCGCAAAAGGCAGUAAUACGGAAAAGGAAGAGGUCGACAAAUUCCUGGCAGAAUCUAUGAAAAAGCUUAGCUUGGAAGAGAAGGAAAAGGCUCUGGAGGAAGUGCGUGGUAUUCUUCCUCGGAAAGAUCACAUUGACGAAGACUCGGCAUUCAUGGAUGCAAUCAUGAAACGACUGGAGACUCAUUUGUUGUUGAUCAAACGUGGAAGUUCCUAUGAAAGAGCCGAACAGAUGAACAAGGCGUAUGUUUCGAAUCGACCCUUUCGGAUUUUAUUCCUUCGAAGCAACCAAUAUGAUCCAAAGCCGUCUGCGGAACACAUGAUUCGAUAUUUUGAAAUCAAAGAAGAAUUGUUUGGGACCCACAAACUGGUACAAGAGAUUUUGAUUGAAGAUCUCGACCCGUCAGACAUCAAUUGCCUCGAAUCAGGAGCCGGUCAACUCUUACCUCACCCCGACAGGGCAAAUAGACGAGUUUUUCUGAUGAUGCCUGGCCUACGACGACUCUGUCCGGUCGAGCAUCAACUUAGGUCCAAUUUCUACGUGAUAAUGACGACUCUUCGGGAGUCAGAUGAGGCUCGCAGACACGGCGUCGUCGCUAUCAUAUAUACGGUUGGUCGCUUUCGAGACAUGAGCGCGGGAUUGGAUGCAGCUAGAUUUGCCAAGGUUGCAUCUUCCCUUCCUAUUCCCUUUUGUGGUAUGCAUUUUUGUCACUCGGAUAUCAGACAGUUUGUAUUGGUGAAAGCAUUGCUCCCAUUGAUGCCUUUGUACGCCACUCCCAAGUUCCGAUCUCACUAUGGUACACAUGCAGAAGUUCUCUACGCGCUGAGAGGAUAUGGAAUAUCAGAGGAUGUUCUCCCUUUCUCCCAUUUUGAAGAUAAAUUCCUGCUUCGUCAUCACAACAUGUGGUGCCAAGAUCGGAAGCAGAAGGAUGCCAUUAUUGCGAUUGAACGGAGGGCUCUAUUGGUAUUGGAUUGCCCACCAGGGCCAUAUAACGCGGAAGAAGCGGUCAGCACCGCUUUAAACCAUGAUGAUAAAGGGUCUCAUGAACUAAUUGCGUCCAAAGCGGUCUUUGAUGAAAGCGCCCAGGAAUCGGACGAUGGGAGAUUGAAUCCUUGCCCCCAAGAUAUCUUGUUUGGAUAUGGAUACAAGCUUCACCCAGGGAAUGUCCAACUACACAACUUGAUAGGUGACCAUGCGGAUGACUAUGCAGCAAUUGAUGGGAAGAAAGAGAAAAUGGACUACGCCUUGAAUCUGGUCCGCUACAUGAAGAAUCAAGGGUCGCGCUUUCUCAUCUUCGAAAGGGAAUCGAAAGGGUGGGUGGAAGUGUCGGAUAACCAAGCAAGGAACAAGGUCGCGAAAACCAUACGGAAUCGUCGUCGAAAAUGA